ACAAAGACUAAAAAGGACAUUUCGACACAAGACUAAGACUAAAUUAAAAAUAGGUGACAAAAUUAACACUAAAAGAGAUGGCCAAAUACAUCCCCUCUUAUGGCAGCCGCCUGGCGGUCCUGUCAUUUUGUCGCAUAAAGGAAACUGAUGGGCCUACAACCACAUGCAUUCAAAGGCUCCGUCAAAAGAUUGCAGAGGGAAGGAUUUGUAAAAGAAAAGGAUCUGCUGCCAAAUCUUCCUCAGAGCCAAAGGAUGACCUGAUGGCAAGACACAAGAACACAAAUGCCAUAAGAAGCAAACGGAGGAUUGAAGUAGGUUGGCUACAUUAUCAGAAUCAUAGCUUUCAUCAAGUGAGGUCUAAGAAUGGUGGAGGAACAAGGCAUCUGGUGCUGGAGAAAAGUACCUCAGUGAAACAGAUGAUGGUGAUGGCAAAGAAUCUGUUCUUCCCAGAGGGCAAGUCACAUAAAGGACCUAUUGAGGACUUUACAUAUGAGAUAUGUGAUUUCAAGAAACAGCCUGUGGCCACAACUAGUACUAUCGCAGACCUUUAUGAGCAGUCAAAGCUGAAAAUGGUUAGACUUUACCUGUGUACAAGACCAUUUGUACAUUCAAUCACAGAGUCUGACACUUCAGACACUGAGAACCAUGAACAGGUCAAAGGUCCAAGUCCUAUGCAUGAUCCUGAGGCAGAUAAAGAAGACGAAGCUGAAAGCUCUCCACAGUCCUCCACACCAGAUGUAGGCCUACGUUUCUCAAGUCCAGUGCAACUUCAUCAUGAUGCAAGUCCAGUCCAUUCCAUUGCUGACACAGAAGGACUACCAGCCAUGCCCUCCUACCAGGUCCAUAACAUUUCCUACAGCUUUGAAGUCCCUGCAAUGUUACUGGACCCCAAUGAAAAUGAAGUUUUCGUCUUGCAAAGUCAAUGGAGAGGACAAGAGAUUUCCAAUGAUGCUGAUGAAACGCUUCCAGUCAUGCGGGAGAUUGCAAUGAUGUCAAAUACUCAGCCACACUCAGCUGAUCAGAGCAACACACAACCAAGUUUGGAUGAUCCACAGCCAAACCCAAGGAUUGACCAGGACAUGCACAGAUUAGGCAACUCUCAACAGACACCCGUACCCUUACUGGAGAUUGCGAUGAUGUCAAAUACUCAGCCACGCUCAGCUGAUCAGAGCAACACACAACCAAGUUUGGAUGACCCACAGCCAAACCCAAGGAUUGACCAGGACAUGCACAGAUUAGGCAACUCUCAACAGACACCUGUACCCUUAUUGGAGAGUGCAGCAAUUUCAAACAUUCAACCACCCACCGCUGAUGAAGGCAACCAGGUGUUGCAUGGGUUCGGGAAUGCUCAAUUCACUCCAGAGAUUAUUCAUCCACCAUCGAUACCAGAUGUUCCAGAUACACUGGAUGGGCAAACAACAGAUGAACCAAUUACACUAACUAUUAGAAGAGGACAUUGUCUCAGUGAUCUGAUCUAAGCCUUCAAAAACCCAGAUAUUUUAAAUAUGGAUGUCUCCAUCAAGAUGCACCUUCCAAAUGGAGCACUGGAGGAAGGAGAGGGUAGUGGUGUUACAAGAAAUUGCCUAACAGAGUUUUCGACAGAUUUUUAUGAGAGGUGCACCUUGGGAGGGGACGUUAAAGUCCCAUUUAUUAGGCACGAUUACCAGUUUGAGGAAUGGCAGGCAGUUGCCAGAAUUUUAGUAGUCGAUUAGAGGUUUGCACGCUACUUUCCAGUUAAACUGGCACCUCCAUUUCUUGAAAUGGCUUUAUAUGGUACAAACACCAGCAGCUUGAAGGACUUGUUCUUACAGUAUGUCUCAGAUAACGAAAGACAAGUUCUUCUUAAGGCUUUGGAAGAUUUUAACUCUGGAGAAGGAUGAUCUAUUUGAUGCUCUUGAGACACAUGGUUGCCUGCAAAUGCCAAAUGAAGAGAAUCUUAUACCACUGCUGUCACAAUUGGGACACAAGGCUCUCCUUCAGGCACCAUUGUUUAUCAUAGAGAGUUGGCGUCCGAUUUUGCAACACUUUGCAACAUCUAUGCCACCUGAUGUUCUGCAUGGUGUUUUAUGUCAGAAAAUACCUACUGCCAAAGCUGUGAAGGAGCUUCUGAUUUUCCCGCACAAUAUGUCUCUACAAACAACAGUUGCCCGAUACCUGAAGAGAUACAUAGGAGAUAUGGAUACGCACAACCUUUAGCUUUUCCUCCGCUUCUGCACUGGAUCCAAUUUGAUUGGAAAAAAAAUCACUGUUGAGUUCAUUGAGACCUCAGAAUUUCAAAGACGACCACAAUCCCACACAUGUGGCUGCAUUUUAAAACUACCUGUAGGUUACCACAACUAUCCAGAGCUGCGCUGUGAUUUUAAUAACAUACUUGCCAGCUCUGUUUGGGUAAUGGAUUACAUCUAGGUAUGAUUUGAUAAAUUGUGUUUUGUUAAUAGGUUAUAUCCUGUAUUUUUUACAUUUUCUAGAGACUAAUGUAAGCUUACCAUACAGUUUGUUAAUGACAGGAAAUUGUGUGCUUGUUGGUUUGUUUUUUUUCCACUGAGAAAUGUCAUACUGUUCAGAAAAUAUUAUUUCCUGUUUCUGCAUUGCGUGAUGACUCUUGCAUUAAGGCUCAUGCAUUAAGAUGUUAAUGAAUUAACUCCCAACAGUAAUCAGUUCAAUAAACUGGGAACAUUUUUCA